AUGGUGAACGCCAUGCCUGCUGUGAAGCUCCACGCGUGGGAGCCAGCUGCAAGAGCUCGUGUGAACGCCACGCGUGGCCGCGAGCUCGCUGCGCUGUGGCGCUUCCAGGCGCGCGGUGCUGCAGAGACUGCAUUUAACUUCGCGAUACCGGCUUUGGUGACCACGAUGGCGUUGGCGGUGGGUUACCAUUCGGCCACGCACCCUCUUACCCCGGCAUCUGCAUUCGCGACGCUCGCACUUGUGCGUCUAAUGCAGACACCACUUCGAGCUCUUCCUCAGGCGGCGUUAGGUGCUCGAGCCGCUUGGCAAUCGCUCCAAAGUCUGUCGCACUUCAUGGACCAAGACGAGUUGAACCCGUACGCGGUGGCGCGACGAGACAGUCUGGGUAUGGUGGCCAAGUACGACCCUCAGGAUGUUGUUGUGGCAGUUGAAGACGCCACGUUGGGCUGGGCUGCUAACGGCCCGGUCGUCUUUCAGCACUUGGACGUGACUGUGGGCGCGGGAGAACUGCUCGUGGUUCACGGGCGUCCUGGUAGUGGCAAGUCUUCCUUCCUCUCGGCAUUGUUGGGCGAAAUGCAAGCGCGUGACGGAAGCGAUGGAGGCGGUGGGCGUGUGUACGUGGGCGGAUCGGUGGCGUACUGCCCCCAGCAACCGUGGCUGCAGCAGACGCUGUCUGUGCGUGAUAACGUGCUCUUCGGGCUUCCGUUUGACCGCCGGAAGUACCAGCGCGUGCUCGAUGCGUGCGCGCUCGUGAAUCCGCUUGCAAUGCUCUCGUCGGGUGACCACACGCUGGUCCAAGACUGGAUGCCAACGCCGGCGCAGCAAGCACUUGUGAGCUUGGCGCGUGCUUGUUACAGCGACGCAGAUGUGUAUCUGCUUGACGAGCCGUUGGCGCGCAUACACCCGAGGUCCGCGGCGCGCGAGAUCUUCUCUCGGUGUUUGCUGGGUCUGUUACGAAACAAGACGCGGGUCAUUGUCACCACUCGCGCCGAGUUUAUCAAUUCGGAGUUCGUGGACGACGCUAUUCGCUUUGAAGAUGGUGGCCGACUCGUGCACACCCGGGAUAUUUAUGAAGCUAAGGGGCGUAAGGAGCAAGCCGGGGAUGAGGACAGCGAUAUCGGUGAAGAAGAGCCUGCAGAAGAUAGCUGGGUUCACUUCUCUGCGUCUGGUGUUGACGUUGUGAGGGCCUACGAGCCGCCUUACGCCCCAACGGAAGAACCAGCAAAUAUCGAGCUGCUGUCGAUGGAGAAUGCUAUCAGCACGACUCGCACCGCGUUGAGUGAACGACCGCUGCGCGAGUACCUUUCCUGUGAAACGACAACACAAGCGGACUGGGGCGAAGGUGAGUGGCUGUACAAAUCUAUCCGAGCCUACGUGCACACCAUUGGUGGCUUUCGUAUCGCCUCCAUUCUCCUCGUUCUGCUGCUCUGCUGGCAAGCUCUACAACUCCUUAGCGAGCUAUGGGUGGCCUAUUGGGUGCGUUCGAGCGCCGUAACAAGCUUAGCAGCAGAUCAACUCAUUUACGCCUCGUUGGCAUUGGGUGCUGGACUUCUGGCGGUUGGGUAUUCGCUGGGAAUUGCUGUGGUGGCCGUUGAGGGAGCGCGACGUGCCUUUUUAUCGAUUGCGUCGGCAUUCCUGCACGCUCCUUUGGUUUUCUUCGAUGCCUACGGUGCUGGGAGCGGUCGAGCCAGGUCAAAAAGGCUUAGUCUUGCCAGGAGACUCGAGCUCGAGCGAGCCUUCACGGACAAGGACCUCACGGAUUUGGAUACCAGAUUUCCUCUUGCGGUUGGUGCUGUACUCGCGCUGGGACUUUCUACUUUAACGGCUCUGCUGACUGCCGUGGUGGUGACACGCUACUACGCGGUGCUGCUGGCGCCCGUGCUUUACAUGUACGUACAUGCGGUGAGGUUGUAUCUGCGACCAGCUCGUGACCUGGUUCACUUGGAACGGACUGCGCGCCAGGCCGCGCGAAUGCAUGCGGCUGAGUCUCUAGCGGGAGCACGCGUGGUACGAGCGUUUGGGUUGGGGCAUGUGCACGGCGUUCUCGGUCACCACUUCUGGCUUCUGGACGUUGCUGCUCGUGAUGCUCACCUUGGUCUGCAUAUCGAUCAGUGGCUAGCAUUGCGGGUGCAGCUGUAUGGCGCUGUGAUCGUCGGGAUUGUGGCAGCUUCGUCAUUCUUGGGACUACGUCACACGCUGAGCGCGGGUAUGCUGUCUCUAGCCCUCUAUGAAGCGCUGGUUGUAGAUGGUGGGGCACUCGAGUCGCUCGUCCGCGCAUGGACCUGGCUGAGCCCGGUGCUCCCGACUGCUGCCCGGACACAAGCUGCCGUGCGAGGAGCAGAAGUGAUCACUGAAAGCGCAGCCUACUCGACGUCAGCAGCAAGGCGGGCGUCGGCUCCACUUACCCCGAACGAAGUGAAUCCAUCACUGUCGUGGCCUACCAAAGGAGAUCUGCGCUUUGAUGCUGUGAGCUUCCGCGACCCGGCCGCCGCCAUUGUUGACGAGCUUACCGACAUGUUUGAAAUUGGUGAUGGUGGUGCACCGCCAUUGGCGCUGAAGGCUGUGUCGUUCCGCCUGCAGGCUGGCGAGAAAGUGGCAAUUCUUGAGUCGUCCGCAGCCUCUUCAGUGUCGUCCCAAGUGAUGCACGAGGAGCUGCGUGACGCAACCGUGCUGCUGCUGUUGCCCUCUGCUACGGCAUCGCCGCAGCACGACCAGAGUCAAAGGGCGACUUUGCUGAAUGACGUGGACCGCGUGCUGGUUGUCGUCGACGGGGAGAUGGCGGAGCUCGGGGCGCCUGCGAGUCUGGCCGUUCAAGACCCGGAUCGGCUGGAGCGGACGCUCGCUGAGGUACCCAGCAGGUUGGAGCUGUCGGAUCUCGAGCACCCCAGUGAAGAUGCCACCAAGCAGGAUGCAGCUGCAGCUGGGGCGCUAGCAGACCAAAAGGAAAUUAUCGCUGCUGCAGUGCCAAACUCCGCUGUCCCGGUGUCGGAUCCAGCCAGCCGAAAGGACGACGCCCAGACAGCAGCAGACAACGAGGUCGAAGUGCCGCUGUCCGCUCGUCAAGCGCCGCCGACCGCGCGCGAUGGCACCGAAGAUAGCCCCCUCAACUUCUUCCGACGCUGCUACGAGCUGGACGAGGACCCGUUCACGCUGUACACGCAGGCGCUUUUGCUGAAGGGCCAACGAGAGUUUGCCGCUGCCAGUCCACCGUCCAACAACGCAGACUCUUCCCACUCCGCCAUGUAUCGCGAGAGCUUGCAGCAGACGCUCGUGAGUUUCCAGCGCGCGUUCUGCCGCUACGCACGCGGGGACGCUCCCGAUGCCGUCUCCGCCGAGCUGCUCUGUGUGUUGCCGCCGAAGCUCGAGCCAGCGAAGGAAACACAGCAGGGGCAGGAGCAGGAACAGGAGGAGGACGAACCAGAGACGUCCGACCCGUUCGAGGGCAUCGAGCUGCUGCUGCACGCGGACGCAGCGAGUCUGCGCCAGGGCUUGACUCGGCUCGGCGGCCACUUCAACUUGACUUAA